AUGAAAAUCAUAGAGGCCAGAGACGCUUUUUUCAGUGACUAUGAGACUCUGCAAUUCCUGUCCAAACUAGAGAGACAGCACCAUUGGGAUCAGGACUCAAUUCUGCAAAGUCAAAAUCAAAAAAAAAAAUUGAGAGUCAAAAGACCCUACAACAAUCCAGUGUUACAAAACAUCACUAAAAAUACCAUAGAUUAUCUGAGUGUUCACAAGGGCGUGAUAGCGCAAGAUGAUGAGCAGGAGCAGUCAGAAGAGUCAAGCAAAAACGCGAAGUCAGCACUGAGCCGACUGAACGAUGCGCAAUUCAGUGAUUUUGUGAAAAGACUCAAUGAAUUCCAACUUUUCAAAGCAGAAAAGCUACAAAUAGUAAAUCAAUUGCCUUCCUCGAUGGUCCAUCUCUACGCGGUCGUCGAAGAGUGCGAUUCACGUUUUUCAGAGCAACAGGUAGAACAGCUAUUGAGCAUUAUUGCCGACUAUCUCUGA